UUUUCGUGGCGCAGUGGCGUCGAUCGGCGAAACCAUUAACCGUGGGUUAGAAAGUAGCAACAUGAGUAGUUACGCGCCAAACAAAUAUAUAGCUUUUUAUAAAGUGCAUUUACUACUAUAUUAUCUUUACAUUAUCUCUCUAGUUUUAAGGAUUGUAUGCAUAAAUUAUUAUAUGCAUCAUCUCAGUUAAAGAGUAUCUAAGCCAAUGGCUCUUUCAAAAAUGCAGAAUAAAUGAUGUGAAAAAAAGAUAAAGCGUCGUCAUAAAGAAAGAAGAACCAUGGCGCCAACGAGGGAGCUUGAUGAAAUUUCACUACCAUUGGGUAGCAAGAUCUCCGAUAUAGCAAUAAUCAUAAUAAAUUUAACUGAGGAAACAUCAUGGAACAAUUCAUCGGAUUGGACUACUAAUAGCUCACUGCUUAGUAAAAUGUCUCUUUACGACUAUUUCACAAUGAUAUCUCUGGGUACUAUUUUGGGAUCCAUUGUAAUUCUAACGAUCUUUGGUAACCUUCUAGUCCUUUUAGCAGUUAGUUUCUCCUCCAGUCUCCGUAGUACCACUAAUUGCUUUAUUGUGAAUCUUGCAAUUGCUGACCUACUUUUGGGAAUUCUGGUUCUUCCUUUUUCAGCGUUUUUAGAAAUGAACAACAAGCAGUGGAUUUUCGGUCAUGAUUUCUGUAAUGUUUGGGCUGCUAUUGAUGUUCUUUGUUGUACAGCUUCCAUUGUCAGUCUUUGUGUUAUUAGUGUAGAUCGUUAUAUAGGUGUUACUCGACCUUUAGCUUAUUCUAAUAUCGUGACACACAGACGAGCUGUAGCAGCUUGUGUUGCAGUAUGGGGUUUAUCGGUAUUUAUUUCAGUAGGCCCUCUUCUAGGAUGGAAAGAACCUCCUCCGGAAAAUCCUUAUACUUGUGAGGUUACCAAGCAGAUGGGUUACGUGCUCUUUUCGGUCUCUUUCUCUUUCUAUAUUCCUUGUUUUAUUAUAUUCAUUGUAUAUUUCCGAAUAUAUAAAGCUGCUAUUGAGCAAACUAAGUUUUUGCAAACCGGUGUCAAAGUCGUCAAGACUGGCCAUGAAACAACUAAAGAACUAACAUUAAGAGUCCAUGCUGGAGCACAUCAUGUUCUCAGUCAUGCACCGCGAGUUGGAAAUGACAAAACAAAUGUCAAACUUACCAUGGCUAAUUUGCAAGGACGUCUCUCAAAAUUUAGACGUCAAAAGAAAGCUGCAAAAACCCUUGGCAUCGUUGUUGGAGUUUUCAUUCUCUGUUGGUUUCCUUUCUUCUUCAUUCUACCUCUUGGUACCCUUUGCCGCCAAUGUUACAUUCCUCAAUUGCUCUUUGAUAUUUUCUUCUGGACCGGGUACGUGAACAGCUGUUUGAACCCCAUAAUCUACGCUUGUUCGAGUCGAGACUUCAAGAGGGCAUUCCGUCAGGUAUUACACUGCACUGUUCUUGGAUCUGACCGAGAUCUGCAGUCAUUCCGUGCCCGAACCAUCAACUUCACUCUUCGAAGUACUCGCCGAUCUGACAAAAAAGAUUCUGAGAAGAUGACUUUUGAUGUGACAAAGAUUCCACCCCUUAUUCAACCCCAAUAUUCACUGGAUAGCGAGUCACCAGGAAGUAUCAAUGAAAAUAAUCUCGAUGAUGAUUUACCACCAGCUUACCACAGUAUUUCCGCACCAACCAUUGCAGAAGCCAUCAAGAGAGUGAAUUCUGUGAUUCGAGCUGGAUCCGGUACUGACACCGAUUGCACAGUGAUGGGCAGUUCGGAGUGACAUUUCGGCCACAUGAUGUCAGGUGUGUUCUCUUUUUGAUGAGCCGUUGCUCGUUUCACUUCUUGGCGAUGAUGAUGUAGUAGUGAAUCAUUUGCUGGUGAAAAGCGGCUCCUUGGCCUAUCAAUUUCUUGGUUUAGACCAAGAAUUGAAGCGUCAGCUUCGCCACGCUGGGCACUAUCGGUUAGAGCAGUGUUGUACCACCUACUGUUGCGGAUGUUUUGUAUCAAAAGCUGCUCACGUGCUUUAUCACAUGCUGCCCUCCACACACUUUCCCUCGUCUUAUUUUUUUUAUUGAUUUUAUUUUUGUCUUCAAACUUAAUGUUUUAAAUGUGGUCUCACAUAAUGUGUAGUUGAAGCAUGGACACAACCUUUUAGUCAUGAGUGUGAAAUUACAUGUCGUAUAUAUUUUAAAAUCCUAAAUUUAUUUUAAAUUGUUUAUUUUUGUUUUUGAACGCACUUAGCACGUAACGUGACACUUAUAAGUGUGUAGCCACGAAUUAUCUUCUGUUUAUAAGCGUAUAGUGUAUUAUGUGUGUUAGAUGCAUGUAAGAGUAAAAUGAGUAUUGUGAUUAGCAUUUAAUAGCAAUGUGCAUGACGAUAAACUUUCUAACAAACACCUCAAUAUAUAUUGUCUUCUACAUAAAAACCGAAGUCGUUUCUAAAUUUCAUUCUUAAGCAUGAAUCUAGAACAAAUAUUCUAAAAUAAGUUUAAAUAUUAGUUGUCUGCCAAUUAUAAUUUUAAUUUCGUGUGUUUUUAUAAAAUACUCCCAAACGAGCUUACUUUUUCCCAUUAGUUUUUCAAAUAUGGUGUCUAAAAAUAUAUGGUUGACUUGAAAAAAAAUUUUUGCAAAUUUUUUAGAACAUGAGAAAUUUUACCGUACAUUUAUUGAAGUCUUUUGCAACCGCUUUUUUUUCUCUAAUAUAAUUGGAAUGUCCCUUAUCAAACAUUGUGUAAAAAAUUUUUCAUGUGGAAUAGUAUUGAAUAGAAUUCUUCUUAAUGGUUUCAUUAGAUAAACCAAUUUUUUUACUUGCAUGAUCCAUUAUUUGUCUCUCAACAAAUAAAAUAUAAAAUCUUAGCUAAAACAUAUACAUUUAGCAUACACUUAGCUAAAACCCAUACCCAUACAUAAUAUUUUCUAAUCAAGGAACAGAAUAAUCGAAAAUUACCAAUGUCUCCAAAAUAUACAAAUAAAAAAAAAUUUUGUUCAAAUAAAAAUUAUUAUGAAAGUUAUUGAAAUUGGGAAAAUUUUGAUGGGUUUGUUUUCAUUCAAAAUACUUAAGCAUUUUUUUAAAAUCAAAUUUUUUACGUCUUAUACAUUUUUAAAUUAAACGUUAACAUUUGUUUUCCAUGGUCUCAAAUAUAAUAAUUAUGUGCAAUAUUUUGUGAUCUGUACUUGCUGCAAUAACAGAUCAAGCUUUAUAAAAUUCUUUUAUAAAAUUUUAUCAAGAUAAUUGCAGUUUAAAUUGCUUUUGA